AUGAUCUAUCAGGCCCCAUCCACACUCCUGGGACUGGCAGUGAAGAGUCUGCUGAGGCAUGAGGCCUUGGCCAUCUCAGUUCUGCAGCAGCUCCCCACGGAGUUCUUCCCGUCCCUGUUCAAGGAGGCCUUCAAGAGCAGACAUAUGAAGAUACUGACAGCAAUGGUGGCAGAAUGGCCCUUCUCCUGCCUCCCUGUGGGGGCACUGAUGCAGGUCCCAGAUCUGGUGAUACUACAAGCUGUGCUGGAUGGUGUAGACAUGAUGUUGGCACAGAAGGUUCACCUCAGAAUAUCAAAGCUUCAAGUCCUGGACCUGAGGAAUGUGCACCAUGUCUUCUGGGAUGUAUGGCCUGGAACAGAAUAUGGAGAGAGCUCAAAAGGGACAUUGGGUAAAGAACAAACAGGAAAUGGUCCUAGAUAUGCCCUGAGACGGCUUUUGAAGGUGGUCACUGAUUUUGACCUAAGAACUCACCUGGAUGAAGAGCAAGCGUACUUAUUGCAGUGGUCCCAGCAACAAAAACGUUUUGUGCAGCUGCGCUGUAUGAAGAUGACAAUUUUUGAGACACCUAUGGAGACUAUCAAGAUGGUUUUGAACUCUUUCCAGCCAUACUACAUUGAGGAACUGGAACUAUGCACAAGCUGGACUCCUGAAGCACUGAGUCAUUUUGCAUGUUGUUUUGGCCAGAUGAAAAAUUUGCACAAACUCCAUCUAUCAUGCAUUUACAUUUAUACCAACAAAGCUGUAAAUACCCUAGAAGACAUAGAGGGCAAGUAUAUUGCGAGAUUCAUCUCUCAAAUCUCCAAAUUCAAAUGUCUCCAACAUCUCUCCAUGAAUGGUACCAACUUCUCGAGUAAGCACAUGAAACAGUUGUUCAGAUGCCUGAAGAGCCCCUUGGAGUCUCUGUCCAUCGAUUUCUGUGAGUUCUCACAGUCCGACCUGGAACACCUAUGUCAGUGUCAGAGGCUUUUUCAGCUGAAGCACCUGAAUCUCUUUGGCAUAGAGUUAUUCAACGCAGGUCCCAUACCUUUCCAAUUUCUCCUUGAGAAUGUAACAACCACUCUGCAGACUCUGGAGUUAGAGGACUGUGGUAUUGGAGACUCUCAGCUCAGUGCCCUCAUGCCUGCUCUGAGCCAGUGUAUCCAGCUAACCAGGGUAAAUUUCUAUGACAAUAUCAUUUCCAUGUCUGUCCUGAAGGACCUUCUGCAAAGCUUGGCCAAUAUGAGCAAGAUAACUGAGGAGUUCUACCCUGCCCCACUGGAGUGCUAUGAUGACCUGGGAUAUGUCUCAGUCAACAAAUUUGUAAAAGUGUGUCCUGAUCUCCUGAAUACACUCAGAGUCAAAAGACAGCCCAAAACUAUCUACUUUGCCACAAACAUUUGCUGCAAAUGUCUCCAGCGCUGUGUCUUUGAUGGGAAGACCAGACUUUGUCAUUGUUGGUCAUAA